UUCCCAAUAUUGUAUUAGUCCGUGUCUUUCCGAACAUGAACGGAAACUAAAGUAAUACUUUAGAAGUGCUCGGUUUGAAGAGUUUGGCCUUUUCUGCUACUGGUCUGAAUGUGAGCGCGGGCCAAAAGAACAAGUAAAGAAAGUGGAAAAGAAUCAAUUUUCAUCCUAUUGGGACUAAUCCGGGAGGCGGACAGCGCAUUGUGGGCGUCAACGAGAAUAAAGCUCGAUCUGUAAGAGUUGGAGUCGCCAGACGAACCCUUUCGGAACAAGACAACACUACAGAAGACAUCCUCCCUCUGGCCAGCCGAUUCUACAUCCCUGACGUCCUGCCCGAACCAAGACUCUCAGCCGUUGUUUUCUGCCUUCUUUAAACGUUUACUUUCUGGAAUCUUAUCAAAGGAAGGCAAAACUACCAAAAAAGAUAUGAACAGUCAGCCUUCAAUAGAGCGGUUGACACUGAUUCUUGGAUUAGUGUUGCUGGCGAUGGCGUGUCUCGUACAAACUAGAAAAAUUGAUUGCUCGAGGUUUGUUUUUGCGCCUAGAUGUCGUGGAGUGGCUGCUAAAAGAGCGGAACAGAUACUCGCAGAUACCGAGGACAACCAUUCAAGUGACCAAGACGAUUCAUUGUACGAUCAGAUAAGAAAAUUGCAACGACUACGUCUCGAGCUACUGGCGAGAAAGUUACAAAAAGACGCCGAUUACACACCAAACGAUACGACUGGCGACGAACUAUGGGAUAGCUACCUGAAGCCAAGACAUCUUGUACACUAACGAAACAUGCUACCUCCAGACAGCAUGCUGUUUCUGUUCCUCCACUUUAGGCACAUGGACAUGACGGUCCUGCUAAAAGACGGACUGAAAUGGAAAUUGUUUAAAGACAGUUUGGAAUAAUAUUGAAAUAAUAAACGCCUUUAGAGUU